CGUCAAUCCAAAAACUCCAAACCCCUAAACCUUCUCUCUCACACAUACACACACACAUCAAAAUGCGGAAAAACAACGACGAACAACAGCUCCGUGAUGCUAAACGGGCUUAUAAGGAAGCAAAGGAGGUGGGGAAUCGGGCGGAGGAGGCGCGGUGGGCAAAUUACAUCGGCAAUAUUCACAAAAAUCGAGGAGAAUACGUCCAGGCCCUCAAGUGGCUCCGUAUCGAUUAUGACGUUUCAAGCAAUUUUUUGCCAGAUAAACAGCUCCUUCCGACUUGUAAUACCCUCGGAGAACUGUAUCUCCGCCUUCAAGAUUUCAAGGAUGCCCUAAAAAUUCAGAAAAAGCAUUUACAGCUUGCAGAGGACACGAAUGACCUCAUUGAGCAACAAAGAGCAAGUACUCAACUAGGUCGAACAUACCAUGAAAUGUUUAUGAAGUCUGAUGAUGACCAUUCCUCAAUCAAGAAUGCAAAAAAGUACUUCAAGUCAGCAAUGAAACUUGCUAAAAAUCUCAUGAGGAAUCCAUCAUCUUGUAAAUCUACUUUUGUUGCAGAGUACGUUGACGCCCACAAUAACAUUGGAAUGCUUGAAAUAGAUCUUGAUAAUCUGGAAGAAGCCCAGACAAUUCUUAGUAGAGGAUUAGAGAUCUGUGAUGAAGAAGAGCUUAGUGAAAAUCAUGAUGGGCGUAGUAGGCUUCAUCACAACCUUGGAAUUGUUUACAUGGAGCUCAGGAAAUGGGACAAAGCUCGGGAGCAUAUGGAUGAAGAUAUUUCUAUUUGUAACAGAAUUGGGCACUGCCAAGGUGAGGCAAAGGGUUAUAUUAAUCUUGGCGAGUUGCACUACAGGGUCCAAAAGUAUGAUGAGGCCAUAAAUUGUUACCACAUGGCACUUCAACAGGCAGAGUCAAUGGAAGAUGAGGAUGUUUUAGUCAGUCAAAUUGAACAGAAUAUUAAAACUGUUAAAGCAGCAAUAAAUGUGAUGGAUGAAAUAAAGAAAGAUGAGCAGAAUCUCAAGAGGCUGGCCAGGAACAUGCAACUAGCUAGAGGCACAGCAGGUGAGAGGAAGUGUUUACUGCAACAGAUUGCAUCUCUUGAUCGUCUUAUUGAGAAAUCAAGCAUGAUCUUUGCAUGGAUGAAGCAUCUUGAGUAUGCAAAGAAGAGGAAGAAGAUAGCUAAUGAAAUUUGUGACAAAGAGAAAAUGGGUGAUUCAUUUCUAUUGAUCGGAGAGUCAUACCAAAAGCUCAGGAAGUUCAAGAAAGCUCUUAAGUGGCACACAAAGAGCUGGGAAACAUACAAUUUAAUAGGCAACUUGGAGGGACAAGCUUUAUCCAAGAUUGACAUAGGAAAUGCUCUUGACUCAAACGGUAAUUGGAUGGAAGCCUUCAAAGCAUUUGAAGAGGGUUACAGGAUUGCUGUUGAAGCUAACAUGCCUUCUGCCCAGCUAUCUGCACUUGAAAAUAUGCACUACAGCCAAAUGAUCAGAUUUGAUGAUGUUGACAAAGCAAGGAGCCUGAAGUCAUUAAUUGAUAAACUGAAGCAUUUAACACCUAAGGAAACUCAAGGACAAGACAUGCCAAAUGAUUGUUCUGAAACUGAAACAGAGAUUGAUGAUCUGUCAUUAAAUCCACCUGAAGUUAGAAUUUCACCUGAGAGAAGUAUAUCAAAUGCCAGUAGAUCAAAGUCUCUUUCUGCAAAUGACUUGAGUGAGAAUGCUCCUUUAAUAUCAUUUCUCCGUAACGGUAAAAGUGCUGAAAAGUUGAGAGCUGUGCAUGAUGCAACAGUUGAAACAGCAGUCAAGCUGCCUGAAUCUUCACCCAGGAAGGCAUCUAUUGCUUCUGGUAGUCAAGCGGCUGGUCGUAAACGAAUUCGUCUUGUUCUUUCAGAUGAUGAAUCUGAAAAUGAUGGGGAGCAUACCUCCAGAAGAACAGCUUAUAACUUCCAUGCAGAAGAGGUUGCUACUUCAAAUGGAUGUAAGAGUAAAAGCAAUCUCAAGAGUCCUGUUCAUGAGCUUCAAGAUCUUUCACCUGUUGCCUCAAGACAUGCCAUUAGCACUUGUACUCCUGUUAAUCUUGAAGAAAGCAGUUGUUCCCAUAAAUCUGAAACCUCUGCAUUAGCUGCUCAAGAUGCCAAGGAUUUUAGAGAUCCAUACAGAAAUAAAUUUGACAAAUCAGGAAACCUAAAUUAUAAGCACAAUAUGUCCAAUCUUGAUCCCUCUGCUUGUUGUGCUGAAAGUUGUCAACAUAUGAUAUUCAAAGUCAAUGAUGACUUUGUACAUUUAGAACCAGACUCUUGUAUGCUUGGAGAUGAACUCAGUAUGGAGCAGCUGAAGGCUGGAGUGGCAUGCUUGUACUACCUACAACUACCGUCCGUGAAGAGAGCAAAGGGUCUAGUUCCGGAUGUUCAAGACCUAAAAAGAGAUGGCAAAGUCCUGGAAACUUUGGAAGCAGUUGAUGAAUUGAAGAAUCACACAUUUGGAAACAACAUAUUUGAAGUUUCACUUGGGGUAUGGGUACCAAAGCCAGUCAUGAAGUUAUAUGUUGAUUGCUGCAAGGAGCUAUCUGAACAACCUGAUUUGAAGGUUCUUAAGAAGCUAUAUAAUCUAGAGGUAUCAGAAGAUGAGGUUAUAGUAUCUGACUGUGGAUUGCAAGACAUAUCAGUUGCACCCCUGCUUAAUGCCUUGUAUGCUCACAAGACAGUCGCAGUCAUAGACUUUUCUCACAAUCUUUUGGGAAAUGGAACAAUGGAGAGACUUAAGCAGGUGUUUACGUCAUCAGGACAGGAUUAUGGUGCUUUAGUUUUGGAUUUGCAUUGCAAUCUACUUGGUCCCACUGCUUUAUUUCAAAUUUGUGAGUGCCCUGUGCUAUACAACCGAUUGGAAGUACUAAACGUCUCAGGCAACCGCUUGACAGAUGCAUGUGCUUCUUAUCUUUCCACCAUUUUGAAGAAGUGUAAAGCUCUUUAUACUUUGAAUGUCGAGAAGUGUUCUAUCACGUCUAGAACAAUCCAAAAGAUUGCUGAUUCACUGGACUCUGGAUCUGUACUUGCGCAUCUGUCUUUAGGACACAACAACCCUAUAUCUGGCAAUGUCAUUAUCAACCUUUUUGUGAAGAUUUGUAGCUUAAAAAGAUUCCAAGAACUCAACCUAACUGGCAUAAAGUUAAGCAAACCUGUGGUUGAUAGCCUUUGCCAGCUUGCCACGAAUUCAUGCUUGUCCGGGUUGAUACUUGGAGGCAGCUACAUAGGAACAGAUGGGGCAUUACAGUUAACUAAGUCGCUAGCUAAUGAGACCCAGGAACUGGUGAAGCUUGAUCUAUCAUCAUGUGGACUGACAAGUGACUAUAUUGUUAGGCUGAAUAUUGAAGUAUCUUUGAUUUAUGGUAUUCUUGAGCUGAAUCUUGGAGGGAAUCCUCUUAUGCAAGAGGGUGGCAAGGCAUUGGCGUCUUUAGUUGCUAAUCCUCAAUGUGGUUUGAAAGUCUUGGUGUUAAGCAAAUGUCAACUUGGCCCGGUUGGCAUCCUCAGGAUACUUGAGGAACUAGCGUGCAACUCCUCCCUUGAAGAGCUGAACUUAGCUGAAAACAUCCAUCCAGAAAGCAACGCUUCAGAAUGUUGCUUAAUACCACUGAAAGAAGGCUCAAACUUCAAGCAAACCAACCCCAACCUUCCGGAAUCUUUGUUGGAAGCAUAUGCAUCCAAAGAGGUUCAGGGUUCUCCACAAGAGUUGUGUACUGUCAACGCAGAAUACAAUCAGCUUGAAGUUGCAGACAGUGAUGACGACACAACUGGCGAGAAAGUUGCACCUUCAGGACUGAGUGACAAUCCUAUUGACUCAUCUCAAAAGAAAGAACUUCGUCUAGAAUCUAGUUUCAUUCCAGAUAUUUUAGCUGCUAUUUCCAGGGCAAAACAUUUGCUAAGCUUAGAUCUUAGCGACAACGGAUUCUGCCAAUCUGUUGCAGAGAAAUUGUACACUGCUUGGUCAGCAAGUUCAAGAGCUGGUUUAGCUCAGAGUCACAUUCAGGAUAACAUGAUUCAUCUGUCAGUGCGAGGACAUAAAUGUUGCGGUGUUAGACCCUGUUGCCGAAGGAUUUGAGCUUGUCCCUGGUGCAAUUCCUGAUUGUUCUCAACAACUCCGUCGAAGUUGACAGAAAAACCAACAGGACAUCAACUGCGCUACUUCCAACGCUGGCCAUAAGAAGCUUAUGUAGAUAUGUGCUUUUUCUACCUUGUGAACAUUGUCAAUCUUUUCAUUUUUCCAUUCUCUAUUUAUACAGUUUGUGGAUUAUUAUGAAGAAUCGAAACACUAAAAGCAAAUACUUGCCAAUAAUGUGAUUUUGUGAUCUAACAGCUACACAAAUGACUUGCUUCAAGCAUUAGUUUCUCUU